AUGGGGAGGUCGACCAUUCAGGUGCAUGCCCGCGUACGACCUCCUGGGGCCAACCCUGCUAUGAAGGUAACAGGGAACGUUAAAGAAAACUACUCUAUCGACCACGUUGAUAACCGUCUCGGGUUGGUUGUCAAUAAUUCAGGCGUGGGGCGGAAGGAUCAUACAUUUACGUUUGAUCACAUAUAUGACCCUCAGAGUACGCAGGAGGAGGUUUACAAUAGGCUAGCGCAACCCGUGAUCACAGAUUUCAUCAAUGGCUUCAAUUGUACCAUUUUUGCAUAUGGACAGACCGGUUCUGGUAAGUCCUACACUAUGACGGGCGGGUCUGGUUCAUACAACGACCGCGGAUUGAUGCCCCGCGCCCUCGAGCAAGUCUUUGGCUUUGUGGCUAACUCCACUGAGACACGCGAGUACGAAGUUUGGCUUAGUUAUAUACAGAUCUUCAAUGAAAUAGGCUAUGAUUUGUUAGGCAUUCCAGGUGAGAACAACCCACGUCUCGAAGACCUUCCUAGAGUUACCCUUCAAGAGGACUCUGAGGGGGCUCUGCACGUGAGAGGGCUGUCUGCGCAUAAAGCCACCAAUGUGGAGGGCGCGCUGAACGUUCUUUGGAAUGGUGACCUCAAUAGGGUUGUCUGUGCCACUUCUCAAAACCAGGCAUCUUCUCGAUCUCAUUGCAUAUUCACAAUACAUAUUAGAUCUAGAGAACCGGGAUCAGAUGUUGUUCGUCAGAGUAAGUUUAACUUCGUCGAUCUGGCCGGUAGUGAGCGUGUAGCAAAGACCCACGCCGAUGGCGCUAUCUUGCAGCAGGCCCGAUAUAUUAACCAAAGUCUUUUCUAUCUGGAGCAGGUCAUUCAUGCCCUUGGCAAAAAGAAGACCGAUCCAGAUUGCCACGUGCCAUAUCGUAACUCCAUGAUGACCAUGUUCCUUAGAGACUCCAUUGGUGGGAAUUGUCGCACAAUCAUGCUUGCUACUAUUGCUGUCGAGACGCAAAAUAUGAAUGAGUCCGUCUCAACCGCACAAUUUGCUAUGAGUGUUGGACAAAUAGAAAACAAAGCUAGCAUAAAUGAAGACAUUGAUCCCAAAUUACUGAUUAAGCGUCUAAAAGCAGAAAACAAGGCGCUCAAGGAAGAGCUAAAGUUACUAAAGGAGGGUAGCUCUGCAAAUGCAGCCAGGAUUCUCAGUGACGAUGACAUGGAGUAUGUUCGGUCUCUUCUGGACAUAUUUAUCGCUGACCACAGCAUUCUGACUCUGGAUGUUGGCUCAUGGGUUCGUCUGCAGUAUGCUCUGCGCUUGAUGAGAGAUCGCCUUGCAGAGGGCGUUGGUCCAACUCCGGCAAAAGCUGAUGAGACAGAGAUAAAUAAGCUGCGUCUUCUAUUGCAGCAGCGAGACGCAGAGGUAGAAGUCCUCACGAAUAUGAUUGGAGGGGAUCAGCCCCGGCCUCAGGUUACGGCUUCUAAUGGACCGAUGUACACGUAUGACAACCUUGAGAAUGACUACAGCAUUAACGUCCCUUCGCAUCAAACAGAGCUUCAGUACGGCCCCACUGAAUCAGGGUCACCUCACAGUUCUGCCUCUACUUUGCCAGACAUGCCUGUAGCCGGUUUCCCGGUAAACAAGCAGUUGGGUGGUAACAGUGCCGAGCGGACCGCUCUAGCACGAACCCGAGGCUCCUCACAAGAUCAGCAACAACAAGUGCUCCGUACAGAUCUCCUGAGCGAUCCUCUUAAGUACGCCUCCAUAGAUGUUUCCCUUCUGUCAGCUAAAGACUUGCAAGAUGAAAAAGGUAUCUUCAAGGCAUUCUUGGAGUCGUAUUACAACAAAGAUACACUGAAUCAGAAUAAGGCAACCUUGUCUAAGAUGUACAAAGAAGUUAAAGCGCUUGCAGAGGUAGUCACGAAAUCUAAAGAGUUGGCUGACUCGCUCAAGCAGCAGAUCUUCGUCAUUGUUGAGCGAUCCGGUACCGAAACUGAGGAGACGGAUUUACUUAAAAAGAACCUUGCGCAAACGGCAGUAGAAUAUAAGACUGCCAUUGAGCAGUUAAAGGUCUUGAAAGUCCAGGUGAAUAGCUUAGAAUCGAGUCUAGAGCAGAGCAAAAAGGACAUCAAAAUGCAUUUUGUUUCUUGGUAUAAGCAAGCUGCAACUGCUGUAGCCAGCAGAGAAAACCGUAUGAAAGCAUCUAUUCAGGAGACCACAGCAUCCAAUACCCAGGAUAUAGACCAGGACAUUGCAGAAUUCUAUCAGCUUUCUUCUCAGAUCAAGGGCCUGAACUAA